AUGUCCCCAAAUAACACGGUCCAAGAUGCGGUACAGAAUGCUUCAUUAUCCGACCCAGAAGGGUUCUGGGACAGGCAUGCUAAAGAGUUACACUGGCAUAAACCAUACAGCGCGGUCCUGCGCAGGCAACCCAAGAACCUGAAGGAGGGAAUCACGCAUCCACACUGGUCAUGGUUCCCUGACGGAGAGAUCAGCACCACGUACAAUUGCAUAGACCGCCAUGUCAAGGCUGGCAAUGGCGACAAGAUUGCCAUGAUCUGGGACAGUCCCGUGAGUGGGUCGAAAGAGAAGUACACAUACAGUCAGAUGUUGGACGAGGUGGAGAUUCUCGCAGGUGUUCUCCGAGAAGAAGGGGUCAAGAAGGGAGAUGUCGUGCUGGUCUACAUGCCGAUGAUACCAGCCGCCAUCUUUGGCAUGCUCGCCGCCGUUCGCCUGGGUGCCAUGCAUGCAGUCGUCUUUGGAGGGUUUGCCGCUACCAGUCUGGCGCAGAGGAUCGAAGCUGCCCAACCCAAGGUCAUUUUGACAGCCAGCUGUGCCAUCGAAGGGACCAAGGGCCCUCUGGAAUACAGGCCAUUCGUCGAAAGCGCGAUUGAGCAAAGCAGUUGGAAGCCGAGCAAAACCAUCAUCUGGCAGCGAGACAUCAGGAGAUGGGAUCCUGUGAGAAAAGAUGAGGGGCAGAGAAACUGGCAACGUCUCGUCAAGAGUGCCCGAAAUAGAGGCAUCAGAGCCGAGGCGGUCCCCGUCAAGAGCACAGACGGAUUGUACAUUAUUUAUACCAGUGGCACCACCGGUUUGCCCAAGGGCGUUCUCCGCGAAGCAGGCGGACAUGCAGUGGGCCUCAAUCUCAGCAUCAAAUACCUCUUCGACGUCAAGGGCCCUGGCGACGUCAUCUUCACCGGCAGUGAUAUCGGGUGGGUGGUGGGACAUUCGUACAUUGUCUAUGCACCUCUCCUGGCGGGGGCAACCACCGUUCUCUACGAAGGCAAGCCCAUUGGGACGCCCGAUGCAGGCGCAUUUUGGCGCAUGAUUGACGAGCACAAGGUUACAGCACUGUUCACAGCUCCGACUGCACUCAGGGCUAUCCGGAAAGAGGAUCCUGAAGACAAAUUCUUCAAAGAACUUGGCGAGAAGGGCCGGCUGAGGCACUGGCGGGCACUGUUCCUUGCCGGAGAGAGAUCCGAACCGGCCAUCAUCACACAUUAUCAAGAGUUGCUAAGCAGAUACGCUGCUCCAGACGCGAGGGUGAUUGAUCACUGGUGGUCCAGCGAAAGCGGCAGUCCCAUGACCGGCUUGGCCUUGCGCCCGGCCAUUGGAUUUGAUCAUCACAGUCGCGAAGAGCACAAGGCAUUGGCCAUCAAGCCCGGCAGUGCCGGUAAGCCGAUGCCCGGAUUCGACGUGCGCAUAGUCGACGACGAGGGAAAUGAAGUCGAACAAGGCAAGAUGGGAAAUAUUGUGCUCGCAAUGCCUUUGGCUCCUACCGGAUUCACCACGCUAUUCAAUGAUGAUGAAAGGUUUUACAAGGGCUACUUGAGACGAUUUAAUGCGAAGUGGGUGGACACUGGAGAUGCUGGGAUGAUUGACCAGGAUGGAUAUUUGCACGUCAUGUCGAGAAGUGACGAUAUCAUCAAUGUGGCCGCCCAUCGGUUCAGUACUGGUGCUAUCGAACAAGCCAUCACAUCGCACCCUGGUGUUGCCGAAGCAUGCGUUGUCGGCGUCCCCGAUGCUAUGAAGGGACACUUGCCGUUUGCCUUUGUCAUUCCUUCUGCCGCCACUCCCUCCGACCUGCCCGCGACGCCUUCCAAGGAGUUUUUCACCGGCAUCAACAAUCUCGUACGAAACCAGAUCGGCGCCAUUGCCUCAUUGGGUGGUAUCGUCCAAGGCAAAGGGAUGAUUCCCAAGACACGGAGCGGAAAGACUCUACGGCGUGUCUUGAGAGAACUGGUGGAGAAUGCCGUCGAGGGGAAAUAUGACAAGGAAGUCAAUGUUCCUGCGACAGUGGAGGACAAGGAGGUUGUUGAGGUGGCGAGGCAAAAGGUCAAGGAGUGGUUUGAGGAGCGGAAGAAGCAACAAGGAACGACCAAAGCCAAGUUGUAG